AUGACUUCCAUCAGUCGUAGCGAAGCCAUGAGGCGAGGGUGGGAGACGAGACGACGCAACAAAGCGGAACGCCUCGCUCUAGAGGCUCAGAGACGCGCCUCGCCAAACGCGCCCCCUGCUGCCGCUGCUUCAUUCGAUGAUGUAAGCUAUCUCAACCUCCAAGCCGGUAUAUCCCUUUCUCACCAUAAUCCCAGUCUCCUGUGGCCCGAUCUCGCCGUGUGCCAAAGCCAGUUCGGGUCCAGUCCUAGGAGGAUGACGCCGCCCGGCCCGCACAAGAAGUUGCAGACCAUGCGGUUCCCCCCGAGGUAUGUUCAUUGCCUGAACACCUUCGCUGAUGUCAUCGAUUCCAUCCUCGGAUACAGGGUAGACGUCGUCGAUGGCGUUGAGCUGAACGUCAGAUACGCAGAUAAAUCCACAGCCUGGAAGUCUGAGUACGAUAUCUCUUGGCAGGCCCACUCCAAGGUGCUUGACUUUUGGAAUCGCUUCCCUGGCGGUCGGAACGAAGCAGUCCUCGCCUUCAAUGGUGGAUGGAUCCAUUGUCCCCGAGUCAUGGCUAUCAUUGGCCAUCGGAAGGUCUCAGGUCUUUCUCUGCAGUUCAAGGUUAUUUGGCAAGGACUUUCACUGGAGAGGGUCUCGUGGCAAUCCGAGUCGGGAAUUGGAUCGGUCUGCAAACCUGGCACCAUCGAAGGCUACUGGCGCGCCGCUGCUGUUGAGCCUCCCGGUCAAGCACUGGCUCAGAACGCAUGUCUUCCGGCCACCCAUGUAACCAUUGAGGAGGUUUGGCCGUGGGCAUCAGCAAGCUACAUCAAGGAAGGAGGACUUGGCUCAGCUGCGACUUGA